AUGGUUUUAAGACGGCCACGCGCGGGGGCGGCGGCGGCGGCGGCGGCACCUUGCCCAGGAAUGCCCCGGGCAGCGGUGGUAGCGGCAGCGGCAACAGCUCUCGCGAUGUUGGCGACAUCGACGCUCCCGGCGGAGGCGUUCUUCACCCCGCCCGCCGUCCCGCCGUCGUCCUGGAAGCAGCAACAAGACACUGUUGCGAGAACGAUGAUGGCAUCGUUUCAAUCGCCGACCAACGCCGGGGUGGCGAACUCAUUCUCUCGUAACCCCGCGGCGAUAGACGCGUCGGAACGGGGCGGGGCAAGGUUAAGGGUCGAGAGAGGGCAGCAGCGGAGAUUCAGCAGCAGCCUCGGCCGCCCCCUGCGUUCGUCGCCGUCCGAUGGUGGCAGCGACGAUCCUUCGUCGCAAGGGAUGUCCGAGAGCGAGAAGCUGCGGGAGAAGCUGGAGACCAUCGCGUCCGCGUCUGGGGAGGGCGGCGGCGAGGACGGCCUGACACAGAAGGAGCAGGAGGAGCUGGACGAGAUGGAGGAGGACAGGAGGGUGGAGGCGGAGGUGGACCGCUUGGAGGCCGCGGAGAAGGCCAAGAGCAUGGAUGCGUUCCGGAUGAGCUUGGACGAAGACGACGACGAUGAAGACAACGCAGAGGACGAGGUUUACGAGGAAAUUAUCGCCAACAUGACCAAGCCUCUGGGUAUCACUAUCGAGGAGUCCACGGACAAGGCGAAGCUGGUGUACAUCACAAGCGUCGGUGACAAGGCUGAGGCGGCCGGCCUGCAGGUUGGCGACGUUCUCACGGGCGUUAGUGCUGUCUUCGGCGACGAAGUGUGGUCGGUCAACGAUAAGAACAUCGAAGAAAUUCGCUCUUUGGUCCGAUGCAGACCCGAACCCUACAGCCUGAUACGUGUUGAACGAGGGCAUGUGUCGUUGGAAGAGAGGUGCGCGCCGGGCUUUGAUGAGGAGGACUUGAGCAACUGCUGGCAGCUGCCGGACGACAUGAUUCCGGGGGAUGGAGAGGAAUGCGAACUCAAUCCUGACUACCAAAACUUGUGGGCAGCAGUGUACGAGGAGGAGAUGGACGUACUCACCGGGGAAUCGGCCGCAAGGGCGGCAGGGGUAGGCCGCGGAGGCGUGUUCGGCGGGGGGGGGGGGGGGGGCACACCGAAGAAAGGCAACCAAGGCCCUCCUCCGAAGGAGAAGCCGGGGCCGGGGUCGUUCAACGGAGAAACUUUCACGGGAGAUUCUUGGGACACCUCAGGGCCCAGCUUCUAAGACCUACUUCUACCUCUUGACUUGGUUUUGCCUCGCGGGGCACGGUGUCGAACUGCUGCUGAUGAGGCUAGCUAGAGGCUCUUCCGUUCGUUUGGCAUGCAUAGGUUUGUUAUUGCUCUUGUUGGUCGAAGCUGCAGAAUGAAUGAGAAGCUGGACAACCAGAGGCAAGACUUCUCAUCUUUCGUUUUUGUACCCGGAGAAGGCGCGUUGAUCGCGCUCCCAGUCCAUAUUGCUGGGGGGGCUUUCGGUACCAGCACCGGCGUUGAGAGGGAAGAAUAGGCAUCCCGAAUAUGUGUGUUGCGAUCCGAUCUAGGAGCAUUCACGCACUUUUUGGGUGUUUCGACCUCUCCAAGUGAAAUAUGAAGGAUUCGACGAAUGUUAUAGCCCGGGGCUAACGCGGCGUCGCAAGCAAGCUUACUCCUAUUUUGAAAGUGAGUCCCAGAAGAGUCAACCUUCUUGAAGCCGAGACCAAACCUGAGCAUGUAACCUUAACCUAA